GCCAGGGAGCGUCUGGCUUCAGGCCGAUUUCGCUGUGCCUCCUGUACGGAAAGAAGGACGUGGUUGUUGGGGAUUAUGGCUCCUGCUGCUGUCCUCUCUGCUGGACAAUCUCCUGAGAUCCAAUUUGCUCAGAGGUUGGCCUCGAAUGAGAAACGGAUUCGGGAUCGGGCACUGAAAAAGCUACGUGGCUACAUGACGCUCAGGACCCAGAGUCUAGAGGGUUGCUUCAGUCAAGAAGAAUUGUUAAAAAUAUGGAAAGGAUUAUUUUACUGUAUGUGGAUGCAGGAUAAACCUCUCUUGCAGGAGGAGUUGUCAAAUAAUAUAUCACAACUAAUCCAUUUAAUCGAGAAUAUGGAUACUCGACACUUGUUCAUUCAGACUUUCUGGCAAACUGUGAAUCGUGAAUGGAAUGGAUUAGACCGAUUGCGUCUAGAUAAAUUUUACAUGUUGAUCCGCAUGAUGCUGAGACAGUCCUUUGAAGUUCUGAAAAGAAAUGAAUGGAAUGAAAGUUUAAUUGAACGAUUUCUGAACAUGUUAAUAAUGGAAGUUAUGCAUCCAAACAGCCAUGCCCCCAUUGGUAUAAAAUUGCAUUUCAUUGAUAUCUAUCUGGAAGAACUGGCUAACAUUGGAGCUAAAGAGCUCACAGCAGGCCAGAACAUUAAAUUUAUUGAACCAUUCUGCAAAAUCAUUGCCAGGACCAAGGAUCAUCUUAUGCUGCAAGCCAUAAUUUGUGGCAUCUUUGAAACCAUUGUGGAUCAGUCCCCAUUUGCCAUAGAAGAUUUAAUGGAAGAACUAGAAACUGGCAGUGAUAUUGACAGUUCCUCAGAAAAUGAAAAAUGGAGCGACAAAGAAGAUACAGAAAUGGCCAGAGGCAAGGGCUUUUCAAACAAACAGCCUCCAAAUUCAGAGGCACAUGGACAUAUUUCAAAAGAUAUAGAUGCUAACAUUGGACCUGUUCUUCAGUUUGAUUAUGAAGCAAUUGCCAGCAAAAUCUUUGAGUUGAGCAGCAGAAAAAACACGCCUGCUUUUAACAGAAAGCGCCUCUACAAAUUGGUUAAAAAAUUUCAAGAUCUUGCAGAAGGGAGUUUCCCUCAAGAUGAUUUCCCUGAAGAUGUCUCUACAGAUGAGGAUGAUGAUACCUUCAGCAGGAGGAAAUUGAAAAGAAAAUCUGGCAAAAUGUUAGAUAAAGCUCAGUUGGGGGAAAAAGACAACAGUCAAAUGCAAAAGAAUGAUAGUGAGGAAGAACAGGUCAACACAGGACUACAAAAGAAGAGGAAGAAAAGAAAGAGAAAAUCCAGUCAGAAAGCUGGUACUUCCAUGCCCUCUAGAAAUAAUGACAAUAGACCAGUCAGUGUUGAAUCCAAGACACCAGAUCCAGCCAACGAAUCCUCAAAUAUCAGGAAGCGGCAGAAGUCUUCAAGUAGAGAGAACAAUGAAGUUGCUUCAGUGAUUCUCAUUGAACGACUUGGUGAUGAUUCUUCCUUGAAGUCACUUACAUGUUUAGCCAAUGGCAUAAAGAAGCCUUCUCCACUCAAAAAUGAGAGCCUGCCAAAAGUUCCUAUAAAAAUCAUGUGUCAGAAUGGACAGAAUUAUGACAGUGAAGAGGACCCUAGUUAUUAUACUACAGGAGGCCAUACUGCUAAAAUUAUGAAGAGGCAGCAGAAAUCAAAGCCAGGAAUCACUGGAAAGCUUUUAUCUGAAGAGAGUGUUAAUAGAGAGAAAAAAUCCCUUGUAGAGUCAGAACCUAUUGUGCUCCAGAAAGUCAAGUUGAAGAGAAAAAAAAUGUUGGGGAAUUUGGGAAGGAUUAUAUGCUCCAAACAGAAAACAAUUGGCUUGAAAAUGCAAAGAAAAAGCAAGAAAGCCCCAAAUUCCACAGAAAGAAAUGAACUUGAAAACAAGAAGAGGAAGAAAGAAGAAACUGGUAGUAUUGCCCUUCCAAUAAAGAAAACAAAGGCCAAGGUGGAGAAUGAUUUUGUAAAGUUUGAAAAGACAACUUUACCAAAGCCAGCCUUCUUUAGAAAAGCUAAAAGAAGCAUUACCGCCAUGCCGUUAAGCAAGCUACAAUCUUCCAGCUCCAAAAAGGUUACCUUUGGAUUGAAUAAGAAUAUGACUGCUGAAUUUAAGAAGACAGACAAAAGUAUCUUAGUCAGUCCACAGGGAAUCUCCCGGGUGGCUUUCAAUCCUAAGCAAAAACCACCCCAUGGGGUCCUGAAGUCUUCCUCUAUCUCUUUGAUGGAAAUCCCUCAAAUAAAGAAGUCUCUUAUAACUCCAGCUAAGAAGAGACCAACUGCUAUGGAUUUCUUCUAAGGCCAAUAAAUGGAAGAGAAUUUCGGAAAUGUUCUGAUCAUUUCAACAUCCAGCUAUUUUUGGAAUAAUUUUCAGAAUCUUAUUUUCUCAGCUAAUAAGAUACUAUACAUACAGUUUCGAUUAUGUGGCCUCUGGUUCCUCAAAAACACUUCUUCGGCUGCAGAUUAGAACUGUUUGUAUAUGUUGUUAGCAAUAGAUAUGAUAUGAGAUGUAUAUGGAUAUCAUACAUUUUCAAACAUCUCAGGUUUGAAAAUCAGUUUUUUUAAAAAACAAGUUAUCUGAUUAAUAUUUUUAUAAAGCUUUAUUUGAAGCUUCAUUUAUUAUUUUAAUCUUAAAUGGUCUCUGUUGUUUUCUACCCUGUUUCAUUUCCCCCCUCACGCCUUCCAUCUUUCUAUCUAAGACUUUGGGUUAAAAUAACAAUAUUUAUUGAAAACAAGUUUUUCAAAGGGAAUUUUUUUUUUGCCUGAAUCACUUGUUUGAAUAGUAUACAUUAAAACUAUUACUAUUCAAACACACCGGCGUACUUUGCAUAUAGUGCUUAAGCAUGUGUGAUAAUCUUAGCAAUUUGAGAAUUGCUCCUCUGUUCAUAAAAUGUGUGGGUUCUAAUUUGAUGCCCUUCAGAUAUGUUGUGACUAAAAUUCCAAGCCAGCAUGAUCCAUUAUACUUAUAUGGAAGUUAAUCUACUGUGUAUUUUCCCCUAAUAAAUGCAUGUUUAUGCAAUUUGCCUUCACAAACAUAUUCAAUCAAGGCAUUGUUCUUCCUCUAUUAAAAUUAACUAAAUUACUGUAUAUUAUCACUUUUACAGAAGCCUCUGUGCCUUUGAUUGCAGGGUAAGGAUGGUUAAGGCUAUGUGAAUCAAAAAGGGGAUGGGGUGGGAUUCACUAUAUCUAAAGUCCUGCUGAUGUCAUCAAGAUGCAAAUAAUAUUUUGCUGGAAUCUUUCUCCCACCUUCAGAGUUCCUGUCUUGUCAAUUUGCAAUACAUGGAAACAGCUUUACUAAUUAGAUUCACCAUAAUUUGGGAUCAAGCUGAGGAACAGAAAGGUUUGAGUUCCCACUGUUAGAACUGUGCCACCAAUUAUCUUCUUAGAUAAAUGGUAACAUACUUUCUUUUUUGCUGCUAGUGGUAUUGGAGUUUCAAGGAUAGAAUUUUUUCCCUUCCUUCUUCAUCUUUACAGAAUGAUUCAAAAAGUUUAUAUACUUUGGAAUAACUUCCCAGGAGCCAGUGUCUUCAGUAUGUAAUAAGCUGAUGUUACCAUGCCUCUCUUCAUUUUGAUGUUACUAUAAAAUUAUUUUACAUCAAAUAAUUUUAUUAAAAAUAUUUAAUCAAAAUACUAUAAAAACAGUUCAGCAAACAGUUCAUAAAUUGGUGGUUUUAAAAAAAAGAUUUGUAAUAAAAAUGCUACUUCUGUUUUGUAUUCCAAAGAAUGAAUGGUUCUUCUGAGCAAUCAGUUACUUUAGUAUUUCUUCAGAGUGCUUAUAAAGUUGUAAAGCAAUUGUAUUUUUUGUUUUAUUUUCAGAUAACUCAGUUUUGUUAAUAUCACUGACAAGAAUUUUAUGUACUUGAAGUUAGGUGGUUUUGGUUGUGUCACAGUUUUAAGUAAUGUAAAUCAAUUAAGAAUUAAAUACAAGAUCUUUCUACCAUUUAUAUCAGAUGUUGAAUAUAUUUCUUGACACUUUCAUGAAAUAUAAAAGAAGAAAAAUUUGUUAACACGAUCUUAUUGAUGGAUGCUAACAUAAAAUCAAGAUUAAGAUAUUGCUUUAAAACAACUCAGUUGAAUGUGGAAUUGGAAAGGUUGAGUCUAAAUUAUCUACUUAUGACAAGGACAUGCCUAGAAUCAAUUAUAUUCAAUAAGUUAUAGAUUUUUUUAUACAGGGUGUUGCAGGGCAAACCUCUGGGCCAGCAUCAGCAGCUGCAUCCAUAAGCAGCUGUCUAAACAUUUCAUAGUUUUUCACUGACCAGAACCAGUUUGUUAAAUCUAGGCACUGUUAAUAUUUCUAAGAAAGGUUAGUGCACAGUGGAAAAACAUAGUGAAUAUCUAGCACAUUAAGAAACUUAAGAUAAGAUUAUCAAGGACCAUGUUGUGGGUGGGGUGGGGGUGGAAGAGCUAUCAAAAAAAGGCAGUUUUUAAAUCUAGAGUUGACCAUGACUAACAGGAUACUGUUGGCAAUUGCAGUUCCUGUAAUGAUUAUACAAUUGAAAACAAGAUAAAAUGCAUCAUCAUGCUGUCUAUUAAACAGUAUGCAUUUUUCUGCCCAGUUUAGUUUAUAUACAUACAUUCCAUUUUGCAGUAAUUUUUCUGAAAGUUAACUGAAAUACAAAAAUAUAACAUUUACAGUUGUAUUUAAAACUUUUAAGAGUAUCUAAUGGUUUCAUUUUCUCUCCAACUUUGAAUCACAACAAUUUCUACAUGAACUUUGUUUCAGAAUGACAUUUUUGACAGAAUUAAAAGCAAUUUUUAUACA